CUCUCUCUCUCUCUCUCUCUCUCUCUCUCCCGUCGACUAAACCGGGGCUAGAUUCCAUUUCUCCUUCAGCAUCGCCGGGCCGGUGAUAGAUAGGAAUCGGUAGGCGGGAUCGCCUGAAUCGCUCCUGUCGGCGGUUCGCCUGAAUGGCCCUCCUUGCCUCCACCAUACCCACCGAGGUUGGAUUGCGGUUGCUGUUAUGUCCUCUUACUUCUAACAUUGUUACUAGAACAGCUUGCUGCACAAUAGGGAUUGGUUUGCCUGUCUACUCUACUUUCAAGGCCAUAGAGAAUAAAAAUAGGAAUGAACAAGAAAAGUGGCUUCUCUAUUGGGCAGUAUACGGAUCUUUUAGUCUGGUGGAAGUGCUCUCUGACAAAUUUCUUUACUGGUGUCCGUUCUACUACCACAUUAAGUUUGCCUUCCUUGUUUGGCUACAACUUCCGUCUGGUUAUGGAUCAAAAUAUUUAUAUGCAAAACACCUGCGACCAUUCCUACUGAAACAUCAAGCUAAAGUUGAUCAACUUCUUAACUUCUUGUCCCAUGAAAUUGAGAAGUUCGUUAGCAAUCACCAAGGAGAAAUCCAGUUAGUGAAGGCUGUGGUUCUGAGAUGUGCAAUGACAGCAAAUCAGAUGGUGAAGGAUAUCACCAAUCCAGGGCAACCGCAUGGCCAAAGCACUAUUGGGGGUCCAAACACGCAAAUGAGUGUGCAAUCCCAGGAUUCAGGUUCUGACACUGAUUCUGACACUGCAAACUGACUGCAUUCCGAUCAAAUAUUUUUCCGUGGAUAUCAUCAUCUAGUUAAGCCCAGAAUCAAUGCUAUAGUUUCAACCUGUUCAUACUUUCAGUUACGCAGAAUGUAAAUCUGUAGGUUUAUUAGUGACAAGUAUGUGCUCAAUUUACAGCAUGGACCUUUCUAUGUGAUAGGUUUGGACAACCAUGCCUUGAGUGCCCUUUUUUUCUGUUCCAACUUCAGGUGUCUGAAGGUCCAAUAAUUAAUAGCUUAGUUUUUGAUAUAAAAAAAUGGUAUUUGGUUAUUCUCAACU